AUAAAUUGGUUUAAGUUUGAGUCGGUUUAUAUUUGUGAAGUACUCCAUCCAGAUUCAUAUAUUUUUUGUAUCAUGUUUUAGAUAUUUCUUAAUGCAUGAUACCUAUUUGUUUAAAGGAGGAACGAAAUGUUGAAGCAAAAGUUGUGGAAAAACGAAAGGCAAACUCUAUUGGCAAGGGGAAACAAAAGUCUACAUGUUCGAACAAUAGAAAAGAAAAUGCCUCUGUUGAUCUUCUUCAUCAUAGAAAUGGAGUUGUAAUCCAUGAUGAACUGGAGAUUCGUAUUCGUCAGGAGAAAAGAAGGCCAGAUGCAAUAGUUGUGGAAAAACCGAAGGGAACCUCUAUGGGUAAGGGACAACAGACUAGAACAUAUGCAAACAGGGGUGAAGAAAACUCCAUGGUACGACUCUUUGACAAUUUACUGAAACUCUAUAAAAAUGGAACCUGA